AUCUAUGCAAUUACAUUCUACUUCUCCACUCUAAGGAGACAAAACGAAACAAUCGGAACAAAAAAGUAACGCAACCAUCUGUGCUCUCUAUUAGUGAUAAAACGGAUCGUCCUAACAUUUUGUCAAUAAGAUGAGUGACCUGGACAACACGGAUACUAGCAGCGAGGGGGAGGACAUCUUCAGCAACAGCAGUGACUGGAGCGAGACUGACAUAGAGGAGAUCAAUGAGGACCAGGAGGUCGCUGUCAAUUUGACGACCAACUCGCUGAUGACGAUUCCGUUUGCUGACCAGCCGCAGACAACGUCCAACUUGACUUCUGCUUCGGCUGCCUCACUUAGUGCUCACGAGCCCACCCAGUCCCAGUCCCAGUGCGGAGCUAAUUCCUCCUACAUCCAGUAUCUGGUGGACAAAUUUUCGAACUACUCCGUGGUAACCAUGAAUCACGUACAGUUUGAGAUAAACAAAGUUCUCUUCAAAGCUGAUAUGGGAACCUACCAAAACACCGAAUAAAAAACCACAUAUUUCCAA